CUAAGAUAUAGAGACACAUCACGUGAAGAUGAUUAUGGGCGGUACGCAUGCGCACAUGGGCGAUCUUCAAAGAGGAAUAAAGCUACAUCGAACGAUCAUAAUAUAGCUAAUUUUCGUCCCCUACCAGGCCAUUUCAGCAACGUUGACGGCGACCGGAGCGAUCUCAUACCUUACCAUAUGGUUGAUUCCUGGUCCAUCGUCUCCCGAAUUCAGCUGAAGUAGAAACAUUUGCUUGAAGCAUUAUUCCAUCUUUCAAAGUUGCCCAUUUUUACCAACCCUGCCGGAACAUUAAAUAUCUCGCGAUGCUGUGCACGAUGAAGGCAAAUUCGGCGAGAAUAUAUCUGUGGGCAUCUCUUGUGGUCCUACUGGUUUUUCUUACUUGGGAAGGACCAAGAGGCGGGACCUUUGUAGGAGCCGAUACUCCUGCAAACUGCAGCUUUGAAGAGAUCGAAGGAAGAUGGAAGUUUCUCAUGGGCCCGAGUACUGAGAACAGCCGAGUUAACUGUUCGAUGCCCUGGAAACCCGUGAAGACCUGGAUUGUGAGUCUUCGAUUUCCUGACCUUGCAAUCGAUGAAACUGUUGGAAGAACCGGCUUUUGGACCCUCAUAUACAACCAGGGCUACGAAGCGGUGAUCCGCAACCGCAAGUUCUUCGGCUUUUCCGACUUCGAGAAGAUCUCAAAGAAGAAGGUCAUCAGCUACUGUAAUGUCACCAUCGGUUGGUCUCAUAAUGACGAUGGGGGAGACUGGGCCUGCUUCAGAGGUGAACAGAUCAUGCGAUUCCGCGACACCGGUACGUCUCCCGUCAAGGUCAACAACCUUGACGAGUCUGCAACGCAGUUCGAUGAAAACGCCAUUCACCGAAGGAACGACAAGUUCAUUGAAGGCAUCAACAAACACCAGGAUUCUUGGAAGGCCACCUACUAUGACCGCUACGUAAACCUGACCCUCGGGGAUAUGAGACGCAGGGCAGGUGGCAAGCUCUGGAAGCGUGUAUGGCCCGACGUUUCCCCGACAGACGAACGCACUAAACAAGCGGCCUCUAAUCUCCCUGAGAAAUUUGACUGGCGUGACGUAGGCGGCAUCGACUACGUGUCUCCUGUCCGUGAUCAGGGAAUAUGCGGAAGCUGCUAUGCCUUCGCCUCUACAGCCACACAGGAGUCCAGGCUGAGGGUGAUGACCAAUAACAAUGUCAAGGUGGUGAUGUCCCCUCAAGAAGUGGUCAGCUGCUCCGAGUAUGCCCAAGGGUGCGAGGGCGGGUUCCCGUACCUAAUUGCAGGGAAGUACGGUCAGGACUUUGGCUUGGUAGACGAGACUUGCUAUCCAUACCGUGAACGCGACGCACCUUGCCGCCAGGUCUCCUGCAGGAGAUUCCGCACCAGUGAAUACCAUUACAUCGGGGGCUUUUACGGAGCUUGCAACGAAGACUUAAUGCGCCUGGAGCUCCUCCGCAGCGGACCUCUCGCUAUCAGCUUCGAGGUUUACGAUGAUUUCCUCUUCUACCGCGGGGGUAUUUACCACCACGUCCCGAUGUACGACCGAUUCAACCCUUGGGAGACCACUAACCACGUUGUCACCAUCGUAGGGUAUGGCCACAAAGGCAACAAUCCGAAGAAGGGUGAAAAGUACUGGAUCGUUCAAAACACCUGGGGAUCGGAGUGGGGAGAGAGGGGCUACUUUAGGAUCAGGAGAGGCGAUAAUGAGUGCAAUAUCGAAACUCUAGCAGUUGCCACAACUCCACUAACAAAUUAGACCCAAACAAUAGUUGUAACAACCCCGAUUUACAUGUGUAUUUGGGUCUGAAUACAGAAGAUGGAAAUGUAUGGGUUUGACUGAACAUCUUAAAACCAUUUUCAUUACCAUUACGAGGAAUACUUCUGGAAAAAUUUGGCGAAAAAAAAAAAAAAAAAAAAAAGGACAUCUGCAUUUGGCAUACAAAAAUAAAUCCUAUACAAUUUUAUGAUAGCAUAUUUGUAACGUAAGGAAAAAGUUGUGAUAAAUUUAUAUCUUCGUUACCGAGAUUUGUUUUAAAUUCUUUUUACCAGUAAUUUUGAAUUACUCUUUUAUUUUCCUUGGAAAGUUAUUUACACAGAGAAUGUAACCACACACACAACUAAUAUUAAUAAGACAUUCAUUGACAAAAAAACUUUUGUAUACCCUAUCAUUGAAUAAACGGCUAUCUUUAAAAUAAUCCCCUAUCCAUGUUUUCAUUUCCGUGUUACGCAUGAAACAGGCAAACGUUUGUUAAAUAUUCGGAGAAGAUGAUAAAGAAAUAGACCCAACUCACUUACAUGCAAAAGUAUAUUAGGAUUAAACACAUGCAUUAACAUUUUGAAAUAUAUUACCGUUCAAAUGUUAAAUAAAUUGGAAGUCACAUUUAAUAUUUGUUAUAACCAUGAUAACUAAAACCGGUAUAUUUUGGUGGAGGGGAACUAGGUGUGUUUUGUGCGGAAAUGAGAAAUGAGAAAAUCUGUAAGGGAUACGAAUUUCCACUGUAAAUGAAACAUCUACGUUGCAAAUUAGAAAAAUACAUGUCCAAAAGAGAGUUAAUAAUACUUUAGUAUAUCGAUGGAUUUUUUAAGAGUAUAACACAAAUUGAUUGUAAUUCUUGGCUACGGUUUUAACAGAGAAAAUGCAGCUUUCGGAAGAAGGCAAAGGUGUGUGAGGCACUAACUUCAGUGAUGGUUGAAUGUGUAUUUUGUGUGAUAAAGAGUUAUUCUAUGUAAAUAAUAGUCAAAUCGAUUUAUUUGUGAUACUGGCAUGAUAACGCAUCACUUCCUUUUAAUGUUAUUAUACCCUAACCUUUCGAACAUAUACGUGAUUUAUAAUUAUUGUCGAUGCGUAGUAGAUGGUAUAUACUGUAUUAAACGAUAUUGAUAGUUCUUUAGCAGUAUGGUGAUCAAAUUAUGGUUUAUAUUAUCUUUUGAGCUGGGACUCGAUGAAUUGUAACGUAAACUUAAAACAUUUAGGCGACUUUGUCCCAUUAUUUCUCGAAUAAGUAUUAACAGCGAUUCAAGCGAUCGAUUUCUUUCCUUCCAAACUGUUGGUUUAUCACGACUUAAUCUAAAUUACAAAGUAUUGGGAUUGAAUUGAUAUAAUGCGUCUCUUUUUAUCAUGUAUGCUCAAUGAAAGCAACAAUUCACGUGUCUUCCAAAUUUGUGUUAUAUUCAUUACAGGACAAGAUAUUUAUUUUGAUUGCCGAAAACUCUACAUUUGAUUGUAAGCGGCUCUUUUUUCGUUUAUAUUACUUUUCUUCUGAUUAUCUUAAUUAUUGUUAUCAUUUCAGGGGUGUCUUUUACAAUAUUCUGUUUUAUUUACCAAUGUAUAACCCAAUAAACACCAAUUUUGUAGCCAAUCAUAUCCCUUUCUAUCAAUACAUGAAAUAUUCCAUUAUCACUUCUAUUAUAUAUACUAAUGUACAUAUCCUAAGCAUUUAACCCCAAUCAGACAAAUUAACGUUUUUAAUUCAUUUACAAAAAAAUGGUAGACAAGAGCAACAUAUUGAUGUAUUUCCAUUGAAUCUUGUCCACAUACAAUUCAAACUUUGAUAUAUUACUGUCUGCCUUCUCCGUCGUUAGAUAUUUAAUUUCUGUCUCGAGAGUGGAGUGCAUCAUUCUCAUGUGGCUGACCAAGCGAAUGAUGUUUAAUCCCGUUGUGACGUCAUGUAACGUUUGAAGAAGCACGGAAUAUUAAAUAUGUGUACAUGACACGCAUCUCAUCGUUUUAGGACUGUGGCAAUGUUACAAAGUAUAUAGGUGGAUACUCGACAUAUCAGUAGUACAUCGUUCGUUUUUAUUAUAGUACAUUUAGAGUUCGUUCAUGAAAAGAAAAUUCAUCAGUGUUCAUCAAAUUAUAAUCAUGUACGGAAUAUUAGACGUGUAUAUUGUAAGUUAUUCGUAUUUUGAUAAAAACGUAUCUUGUCCAUGAAAGUCAUUUUGCUUUUAUUAUACAAAUCAUCACUAUAUUUCUGUCUUUAAGAAUUUUAGUUUAAGCCACGUUUGAAGUGUUAAGAAAGAAAUUGUACAUAAAUCUACAUAGUGGCUGAAAAGUAUUUUAUUGCUAUUUGCCGUUCCUUUACGUAUAUUGGUGAAUCUCUUUGUCUAAUUUUUCGGAAUAGUUUAUCACUAGUCUUAUUGUAUUAAAAUCAAUGUGUUUUGAAAAAGGAGGAACAAAAAAAGAAGGGGAGAAAAGUAAUUAAAAAAUAUCACUGUGUGGAAAUCUCUACUUCAUCUUUAUUACCGUUUUAAUAUAAGUUUUAUCGUUUGUACACAAUUUUGUUGAAAAGGUUACCAUACGUUAACAGCUCUAAACAUCGAUUUAUGAAUAAACUCUAUUUCUAUACUGUUGA